UAGCCUAUAUAUAGACACAUAUAUCCUCGUUAACCAUAACACAUCAUAAUACACUUGAAUACGUACUAAAACUAAAACUAAAACUUAAUCAUUUACAAACUGCAUCACCUUUCCAAUUCAAGGAAAUGGCUCAAGCUAGCGCCAAGGGACAAGUUGUUGUGAAGUAUGGUCCUUAUGGUUCACAAAUGCCCGAAAGCUUUAGCAUGGUAAUCGAGGAUUGUGAAACUAUCAAAGAAGUGAUAAUAAGGCAUGGAUGGAUUGUGGAUGCAAUUGGUUUCAAGAUGGUUAAGCCAAACAGGGAUACCACCACAAAAAUGUUCAAUGAAAACUUUGGUCAUUAUGAAUCCAAGAUUGUACUCAAAUCCGGUGAGUAUAUAACUCAAAUUAGUGGGACAUACGGAAACUUCCUUCAAUUGCAAGGUAAGGAUCGUGCUAUUGCCACACUGAAGAUUCACACCAACUUAUGUCCGGCUGGAUAUGGACCAUAUGGACUUGGAAAAGAAGUAACAAAUGUAUGUAACUUUUCAUCGCCAGUCCCACCUCCAGGCCGUAUUGUGGGAUUUUUCGGAAGGCACAACCAGUAUUUCGAGUCCAUUGGAAUUUUUGCCAAAACUGAUUGUGCAUGCUAAGUCUUCGGCUAUCGUAAUAGCCUCAAGCUAGCAUUUAACAAAAAUGCAACGGUUAUGUGUUUUAUGAUUUGUACGUGUCCAAUAAGCCACAUAUAUAUGAUAUAUGUAUACUAUCAGUGGCCCCUCAAUUAUGAUUUGUAAUCGUAAUUUUGAGUUGUAUUGUUGCCAGAUUUUCUUCUA